AUGGAUGACACAAACAUGAAAGAAGAAGAAGCUGAUCAAGAGGAGGAGACGCUCUCCCUCUGCGAUUUCCCUCUGAAUUCCGGAGACGACCCCGACAAAAGAGACUCUUCCAAGAUCAACAACAACAGCCGUCGAUCAUCCUCCGAACCCUCCGAUUUCUUCGAGUUCUUCAAUGAUUUCACCUCCGAGAUGUCCCAUGCAGAAGAUAUCAUCUUCUGCGGCAAGCUCCUCCCCACCUCCCACCCCCAUUUCCGCCGCCCUCGAAUCCUCAAAUCCCUCUCCGAGCACGACGCUGCUGAUUUCUCCAGAAGGUACUGCCAGUACUCCUUGCCGGAGUUGAAUCCGACCACACCCAACGGAGUAGCUAGCACGAGGUUGCCGCGCGGCGGCCGUCCAAAGUUCCGACGUCGGAGUUCAUCAGCCCUGCUGGUGAAACCCGAACCGUUGGAUAUCCACCGGAGUCUUUCCAAGAGCUCGGCGAAAUCAGACGGGUCGUUGAAGGUGGCUCCGAAGCCCAGGUGGUUCGUUUUGAUGUUUGGUCCAUUGAGACUGCAGCAGGAGAUGGAUCUCCGGGAUAUGAAAAACCGGCAGGUUCGCCGGAAUCCGGGGAGCAUGUUCCCGGGAGUUGACGGCGGAGGAGGAAUUCCUGCGGGGCGGAGGAGUUCGUGGGGCCAUGAUUUGCUGAGGGUGUUGAGUUGCAAGAAUCAUGCAAGUGUGGCCGUCACAGCAUCAAUUGGUCUCGUGCCACAUUUCUAA